ACACUAUGCCAUUCGCCACGAAACGCCACAUCAACAUUAAAAAAUAAAUUUUGCUGUCUAUUUGCAGACGUUUAAUUAAUGACAGUAAAAUAAAAAAAGUUAUUAACUAAAAUGCUUGUACAAUGCAGACUGUGUGCUCAUCACAUAGAUGAACAAUCUGCCAAGGACAUAUUCGACCAGCAGAACGCAGAACUGGUGCUUAAUGUGAAAGUGCUGACGGGCAUCCUUUUAGUGCAAAGUAUAGACCUGCCGCGAAGCAUUUGCUCGCGGUGCAUCUUGGACUUGAAUCAUUCGAUCGCCUUCCGCGAGUGCUGCAUCAAAACGAAUCAUCAGCUGCUUAAGGAAAAGGGUGCAUAUAUCAGUGAAUCUAGUGAUUCGGACACAAAUCUGUCUGCGGUUAAGCGACCGGCCCCCCAAAAUGUGCGAUCACUAGUUAGGGCACGUCCGCCUGCCUCGUCGCCUAGCUUGAGAAGUGUUCUUGCUACUGCAACCGGGCCAAAGGUAUCGAGUAUUGUGCGUGCUCGUAUACCAAAUUCUAUCAUUUCCAGCAGCAGUUGUGUCAAUCGCUCAUCUAUGGAAGCUUCAGAAGCACGGCUUGAAUCAGAGACUAAAGCACAACCAAAUCUUAAUUCUGUUGCAACAGCUCUUCUAGAUUCUUCUUCAUCGGAGAGUAGCCGCUGCAGCAGCCCUGUUCGGGAUUGUGGCUCGCCAACGCACUCGCAAUCGUCAGUGGUAACGAUGUUAUCUGAUGAAGGUGAUCAAUCGCCCACGCCAUCAGUUUCAGCUGCGGAUAAGAAAUCAAUGUCGAGGCGUCCAAAAGUGGCUGCUUCCUUGGUUUGUGAUCAAUGUGGACGAUCGUUUGAUAAUUCCAGCAACCUUAAACUGCAUUUAGUGAGACAUACGGGCGUAAAAUCUUUCGAGUGUCCAGAGUGUGAUCAGAAAUUCUUUACCAAUCCUCUGCUGCAAAUGCAUAUAUCUGUGCGUCACAAGGGUCAGAAGCCCUGGAAAUGCCGCUUUUGUUCACAAGGUUUUCGGACGGGAGAUGCUCGCUGUCGUCAUGAACGCAAGGAACACUACAAUACCAAGUUUCCCUGCAAAGUUUGUGGCAAAAGUUUCAUUACAAAGUCUUGUUUAAGCAAACAUGAAUUUUUGCAUACAGGCUUGCGUCCGUAUCGCUGUGAAAUAUGCGAUAUUGGUUUCCCACGCAACACCCAAUUGAAAAUUCAUUGCAAAUCGAAAUCUCAUCUGAAAAAUUUAGAAGAUCCCAAAAAGAAAACAAUACCUCAAGUAUUAAACUCAAGUAAUGGUGAGAUGGAGUCUAAAGAAGAUGAAGAGUUUCAGGAUUUGGAUGAAAUAAUUUAUGAAGACUUUGAUUACAUUGAUGAAAUGAUAGAUGAAGAUGUAGAGGCUACAUUAUGAAGUAAAUGUAGACAAGUAAUAGAUGUAAUAUGAUAAAUAAAGUUAUUGUAAUUGUCA